AUGAGCCGACUCAUUUGCCUACUUUUGACUAUUGGUUGCUGCGUUGCCCAGGUCACCGACAAGCAGACGAUCAGUAUGAAUCCAAACCAAGGACAAAUUAAACUGAACAUCGUUUUUCAAACCCCAAAGGAUCAAAGCCCUGUUGUCGGUUCUAAUAACAUUGGAUGCUCCAGUGGAAAAUGCCAGCUCGAUCCGGUCAUCACUUCGGCUACCCCGAUCCCAGUCCCAAUCACAACUACACCAUAUCCAGUGAUUGUAAAGACGAUCCCCGCUGUUCAGAAGCAGCAACCUCAACCAAUCUACAAGGUGAUCCGAAUGCCAUCAUCGAACCGAUGCUUCUCCCCGCCAUGCUAUCCAUCAUACUCGGCUCCGCGAGUUGUCGUCGUCCCAUCCGCAUCGCCAUGCGGAAACCAACCGUGUCGUCAGUUUUUCUACAAUCAGCCUCGCCGAAUUUUCGUCGCCCGAAAUGGCAACUUCAACAAUAACAAUAAUAACAAUGCGAUGGCAGUUCCUGACGCGAUCUUCAAGGAUGGUCGUUCGUUCCGUGCCCCAAUCCGUGUUCCAACCAAAUACAUCGACGGAAACCCAAUCUUUGAUAUUGGAAAGUAA